GCUGAUUCAGCGGCCAGACUGAACCUGGCCAAGGCUCCUUACUCCGGAUCUCUACUCUUCGGCGAGGAAGCUCUAAAGGCAGUUCUGGUUGAUCCAAAAGACGCCCAAAAACCGGUUCUGGUCACAGUCAAGAACAUCAACCACAGGCCCUUCAGGCGAUUUCCCUCCUUUCGUUCUAACCAGUCCUUUCGAGGAACGCGGCCAGGAGGACGAGGCCGCGACUUCAGACCCUAUGACCCCAACGCAUUCAGGGGCUCCUGGAACCGACGCUUCCAGGGCAGAGACCUACGGCUGGCUUGUUAACUUCGACAAAAGCCAUCUCCAACCAACACAACGCCUACUACACCUUGGGGCAAUGUUGGACACCAUGCAGGCAAUGGUCUUCCUGGCUCCAGAUCGCAUCACUGCCAUCACAAGCAUCGCAAGGUCCCUGAUGCAACAAACAUCCGCAGACGUCAUGCUUCUCGCCAGAGCGCUCGGGAUGUUUAUCUCCACAAUCCACAUUGUGCCCUGGGCUCGAGCCCACACUCGGCCCCUUCAGUGGACUCUGUUGCCUUUUCAAAAAGACAUUGCCAGCUCCAACCAUCGCAGAGUUCGUUUGAGCCCCGCUCUGCGCCUCUCCUUCCGCUGGUGGACCAAGGUUCAACACCUCUCCAAGGGCACGUCGUUCAGAGAACCCCGCAGAACCGUCGUGACCACAGACGCCAGCCUCAUAGGUUGGGGAGCCCACUGCAACUCCCAGUACGUUCAGGGGGUUUGGCCCAACGCAGAGCAAUCUCGAAGCAUCAACUGGCUGGAACUAAAGGCUGUCCACUUGGCUCUAUGUCAUUUUCAGUCUCUGUUCCCUUUGCAUCAUGUGCUCAUUCGAACAGACAACACGUGUGUAAAAUCACAUUUGAACAGACAGGGGGGCACCAGGUCUCGUCCUCUGCAGGACUUAGCCUCCCUCAUCUUUGUCUGGGCAGAACAACAUCUACAAUCCCUGAAAGCAGAGCACCUCAGAGGGAUUUGGAAUGUGACAGCAGACUGGCUCAGCAGACAACAGGUCUUCCCGGGAGAAUGGAAACUUCAUCCAGCCAUUUUCCAUCGUCUCCAGUGUCGGUUCGGCGCCCUCUCAGUCGACCUGUUUGCUUCCAGUCACAAUUGCCAGCUUCCCAGGUACUUUGCCCGAUACCUGGACUCAACAGCAGAAGCAGUGGAUGCUCUGACAACACCGUGGCCAGACGGUCUAUUGUACGCCUUUCCUCCCAUACCAUUGUUAGCCAAAACCUUGAGGAAGGCGCGAACCGAAAGGGCACAGCUGGUUCUGAUAGCACCAUUUUGGCCACGCCGACCGUGGUUCUCAGAUCUUCUGGCAAUGUCAAUGAUGGAUCCUUGGACACUUCCAGUAACGCCAGACCUCCUAUCCCAGGGUCCAGUACUGCACCAGGACCCUACUUGGCUCAAUCUAACAGCGUGGCGUUUGAACGGAGACACUUGAGGUCAGCUGGACUGUCUGACGCUGUGAUUGAUAUUAUUUUGGCCUCGAGAAGACCAUCUACCACUCGCAUUUAUCAACAUACCUGGGUGGCUUUCUCCAAGUGGUGUCAGUCCCACCACCACGAUCCAUCCCAGGCCAAUGUGCACCAGGUGCUCCAAUUUCUCCAUAGCGGCUUUAUGAUGGGACUUCGACCCAACACUCUACGUCGACAUGCGUCUACUCUGUCAUCCAUUCUCUCAGUGUCCUCUCCUGGAGAUCAUAUUUCCUCACAUCCGUUCAUCAAACGUUUUUUGAGGGGAGUCGCCCUACGCUCUCCGGCUGUCGUCCAUCGGUUCCCCUCAUGGAGUUUGCCGAAAGUUCUGCAGGCUUUGCAA